CAGUACCAGCAGCGCAUCAGGUUAACGAACCUCCAGUUCCUGCAAACUUCCGCUGGACGCUACUGUGGAAAGACAAUGAUGACAAUCAACUUGAUCAAGGAGACAAAAUAUACAAUUUCCUUCAAAAGUCAGCAUUGGUUGACAGAAUGGAGCUUGUCAAGUUUGGUGUCUCUGAAGCUCUAGUUGCUGCUGAACCUGCUAGAGUCCUACCUAUGCUGAACGGUGUAGUUGACACGAUGAACAUGAUGAUGCCCAUAAGGCAAAGGUACCUCUAUAAGUAUAUGAACGGGGAACGAGGCAGCAAUGAAAUGCGUUUGAUGGAGAAGACGCUGAGGAAGACAGUUGAACGUGUGGAUGAGAAGGUGCAGUUGAUCAAGGAUGAUAAUGGGUUUUGUCCUCCCAGGCCUAAGCUGUUCGACAGCCUUCCUAUGCCGCAACAGAAAAAGUGAACCCAAGAACAAAACAGGGUGCCAGUCUCUUGCUGUUCUACAUCAAGCAUACGGUUCCUUGCUGUAAAUCUGCUGGGCUACAUCAAGCAUACGGUUCCUUACUGUAAAUCUGCUGUGCUACGUUACCGAUACUUGUCUAUUGCUGUAUAUGCGCUGUGCUACGUCAAAUAUCCCGCCCGCCUCUUGAUGUAAAUCAGCUUUGCUAACCUCAAGGAUGGAUGUUUGACACUGAUUUUGUUGGUGUUGAAAGGUUUACACCGUACAAAUGUUGUAGUACGUACAAUACUUUUUUUUAAUUGUUUGGCAGGCUACAUAGUGAUUUGGGUUGUGAAGAUCAACACUCGCUCAGAAUAUAUUGUUUUGUACUAGCAAACAAUUUUGUGCCCA